AUGGGUGCCUCCAUGUCCACUUUGGUCGGCUGGGCCGUGGUCAUUGGAUGCGCUUACAUCUUCGUUGUCGGGCUGCCGGGUAAAAAAAGUGGGCGCGACGCUAUACGUGCUGCUUCUCAACGGCACCGACUGGAGGAUAGGCAGGCCAGUCACAGCCGCAAGGAGCCAAAGGAGAAGGCCAAACGCCAAAGGGGGGAGGCAUAUAACAAGGACGUCGAGGAGGCCACCAAGACAGCACAACCAAAGGCUCGAGCACCUAAGCCGCAGACGCCCACCCAAUCAGUCGACUACAGCUCCGACGAGGGCGUCGAUAACCGCGAGUUCGCUCGGCAAUUGGCCAGCGUCAAGCAGGGCACCAGCCUCAAUGCGUCCAAGAAGAGCGACGACAAGCGCCAGAAGUCGGUAAAGCAGUCGCGCGCUCAGGUCAUCGAUGAUGCGGCCGACGAGGUCAAGUUCUCUGCGCCAUCCUCUACCGCGGGCGUUGAUGCCGAUGACGACGAGUCAUCAACCCCCUCCCCCGAGUUCAAGGCCGUCGAUGCCGGCGACGUCAGCGACAUGCUAGAGCCGAAGGCCGCGGGCCCCUCGGUCCUUCGCCUUACCGACACGGACAAGGCCAAACCGAAGAAGGAGAAGAAGGCCAAGACACCCGAGAAGGUUGAGACCAAGAAGCAGCGUCAAAACCGCCAGAAGGCCGAGGCUGCCAAGGCUCUCCGGGAGGAGGCCGAGAAACAGAGAAAGAUUGAUAUGGAGGCUCAGCGAAGACAGGCCCGUAUUGCCGAGGGCCGGCCCGCCAAGGACGGCUCCACCUUCGUGGCCGCCCAGGCACCGCCGUCUGUUUGGACGGGCAAUGGCGGCAAGGCCAGCUCGGAGAGCAGCGCCACAUAUGGCGAGUACGUUCCCGUGCAGCCGCUAGAUACGUUUGACACCAGCAGUUACACCGAUGUGUCUGCCCCAAAGAGCGCCACUACCGCAAGGAAUAACACCGAGAGUUGGAUGGCCUCCCUGCCAUCAGAGGAGGAGCAGAUGGAGAUGCUUCGGGGUGAGGAGGCUUGGAGCACAGUUACGACCAAGAAGUCGGGCAAGAAGAAGAAGGAACCCGUGGCCGAGAGCCCGGUCGACUCGGAGCCCACUGUCGUUCAACCGCAAACAGUCGCACCACCCCGGCCGGCUAAUGGCAACACCGGCAAGUCGGCCAAGCCCUCCUUCACUCAGAAGUCGUCCUUUGCAGCUCUGAGCAACGAGGAGCCCGAACCCGAGGCCGAGACAGAGUGGGAUGUCUAG